CAGUUUGGGUCAAGGACGUCAUGAAACUUUCACUCUGACGUUGCGCGUUAUGUUGAUGGUCUGAGACGCGUUCGAGAUUUGUUGUUGGAGGGCGAUGGUGUGGGAAACUGCAAUUGAAGGACUUCGGUCAUGAAGCGGCAGAACUAUUGGAGUGGUGAUCAUCGAGAUAAGAUUAAGAUGUGGCUGGAUGUGGCUGGAUGUGGCUGCCCGAGUAGAGCUGUAUCCUGACCCUGACUGCCUGAGGCUCAAACGCAGAGCAUCAGCAUGGAUGGCGUCCAACAUCAGCAAAGAUCUGCUGGCAGAACGAAACACACUGAUAGGUUCUCGAGCACAUCACUUGAGGACUCCGCGCUCAGCACUGAGCAGCCAGCUGAGUCUGAUCAUCAGUCGCCUCAUUGCAAUGUGGAGACCUCCAGACCAUUUGGUGCUGUUUGACCCCAGCAGAGAUUACGGCUGCCUGAGGACCCAUUGCCCCUUUCUGGCGAGUUCAACCACGCAACUCAUGUUGAUCUUGUGUGGAGAUUGUAUGGAGAAGUGUUGGCCAGACCGUCAAUCUUCGCAGUCAAUCACCACAGCGAAAGGAGUGAUAGGCACUCACACUGCCAACUCAUCAAUCACAUUGUCGAAACACCGCCUACAACAGCUGCAAUUGGAGGACGCUAUUUCACCAUGGUGGCUGUUGAGUUGAGCCAAGGGGUGCAAACCAGAUGCGUACCUGUUUCACGAUGAUUGUCGGUGAGCGAAACACCAUCCCACGCACACGCUUGCCGCGCUCCAACACUCAACACUGCACACCGCAUGAAGAAGGAGCGGUGCGAAUAGCGUAUGGAGUCUUGAGAUGAGACAUGAAACAAUGAGUGGGCUGUCAGCAAUGUCAACACUACACUC